AUGGAAGGUCCCCUGGUAGAUCGGUAUUAUGGUGAGGAGGCGGAGGUGCAUCGCCCCUUAUUUGACCAGAGAUACCCAGUUGAUAACGGUAUCAUCACCAAUUUCAUUGAUAUAGAGUCAAUUUGGGACUAUCUCUACGAAAAGAAGCUCAAAGUCAAACCAGAAGACCAUCCUCUUCUCCUCGCUGAGCCAAAUGCAAACUCGAAAGAGAACAGGGAAAAAACGGUAACGUCGCUGUUUGAGCAGUUCCAUGUCCCUGCUCUCUACCUUUCUAUGCAAGGUGUGCUGGCUAUACACCCAUCCGGAAGCAGCACAGGGGUGGUGCUUGAUUCCGGCGCGGCCUCGACUUAUGCCGUUCCCGUCUAUCAAGGGUUUGCCCUACGCCACGGCAUUCAACGACUGGAUAUUGGUGGGCGACAUUUGACGGACCAUUUAAUAGAAGGUCUUUCGCGGGGCGGUAAUAAUCUGGGGACAAUAUCGGAGCGCAGGCUUGCCCGAAAGGUCAAGGAGGAGUACUGCUACGUUGCGCAAGAUUUCAGAAGAGACCUGCAAUUGGCCCAGGGGGAAGCACCUACAGAAACAAGCUACAAAUUGGCGGACGGAAAGUAUAUUACUGUUGGGAGAGAGAGGUUCAUGACCCCCGAAGCUCUGUUCCACCCUCAUCGUAUGGGAAUGAACAGUGAAAUGGGGAUACAGCAUCUCACUUUCGGCGCCGUAUUAAAGUCUGAUGCCUCACUCCGAGAUAAACUGUAUGGGAACAUUGUUUUGGUGAGUAUUGGUCCUAUCCACAAACUAAAACUCCUGACAUGGUAUUUGAAGGCUGGGGGAUCGACGUUGUUCCCAGGAAUUCAAGACCGAAUGCACUCAGAAAUGGCUGGUCUGGCCCCUUCAUCAGCCAAGGUUAAUGUUAUUGCAUUGCCGGAGAGAAAGCACUUAUCGUGGAUAGGAGGAUCCAUGGUUGCAUCCUUAUCGACUUUCCAGAAGAUGUGUGUCCUGUAUGAGGAAUAUGAUGAGGUGGGACCUACGAUUGUACUCCGGCGAUGCUUCUAG